GACCUCAAGGCGGUGUUUGCCGAACUUUUAGAUGAUGCCAAAAGAGAUAUUUUGGCCCGCGGCACGUCCAAGACUCUAUCGAGAAGGUUUUAUGCCGAUUUUGAAGAUUAUGAGACCGGCCCUGAGAGCGGUGAAGCGAGCACUGAGUGUUCGGAUACAGCUGUUGCAACUAAAAUAAACGAUUUUAUCCAGCCAGAAACGUCAGCCCAUACUGAAGGCUCGGAUGGCGAUUCCUUCAAAUCAAUCGCUGAUGAAUUUAGCGUUCUAGAGAAAACCUCACCUGCCAUAGAUGCAAAUUUGGCAGAAAUAGUGAAGAGUCUGCUUACAGAGAAGCUCACAAAGGAAAAGUUGGCCGAGGUAAAGAACAAG